AGGAUUUCAUACAAACCUCAAAUUCUAAGCAAGAACAAAACUUCUCUUUAUAAAUUCUAAUUGAAUGUACAGCCAUUCUUCUCACCAAUAACAAUCUAUAGAUUCUGCAGAGUUCCAUUCAGAAAAAUGACCACCGAACACCUUGGCCUGUCCCCAUGUACUGCCCUGCAACAGUGUCUUAAUGCUGUUAAAAACAAACUCAACAAAACCUCUUCUCCGGAAGCUGCUUCUGCUUCUGCCUCGAAACAAUCCAUAAUCCACGGAACUAUUGUUAUCGACCAUAAACCAGGGCAUUCAGGGGCUGGAAAAUCAGCUUGCAUUCAGAUUUAUAGCAGCACGGUUAUUGACCAAUACACUGGAAAAGGGCAGUUGAGUGAAAAGGCGUACCUGAAGAAAAAAAAAAGUCACAAGCAUGAUGGAACAAGAACAACUUCUUAUACAAUCAAAGUUAAUGUGGAGCUUGAUUUUGGAAUUCCCGGAGCGUUUGUCAUAGAAAAUCAUCAGAAGCAUGAAUUUUUCAUUGAGUAUGCUACCCUCCAGGCUUCUGAAAAUCAGAGUAUCUAUUUUGAUUGCAGGUCUUGGGUAUACCCUAUGAAACAAACUGAAAAAAAUCGUAUUUUCUUCUCAAACAAAGACUAUCUUUCAAACAAAACACCUCUUGCUCUGGUGGAUCUGAGGGAGCAAGAGCUUGACGACUUGAGAGGAGAUAUUAUUGGAGAGAGGGAGGAAUGGUAUCGUGUCUAUGGCUAUGAUCACUAUAAUGAUCUUGGCGAUCCUGAUAAAGAUCUUGAACUUACUAGACCUGUCAUAGGCGGGCGAGCAAUUCCAUAUCCUCGUAGAGGAAGAACUAGUCGCCGAAAAUGCAGAAAGGAUCCGUACUCUGAGAGCCGGACGAAGCAAAUGAACUUCGAUGUAUACGUCCCUCCCGAUGAGAGAUUUAGCCCUAAGAAACUAUCUGAAUUUAUAGGAAAUGCAACAAAAGCUAUUGCACAUUUCGUUAUCCCAGAGGCAAAAUCCUUGCUUCAUCCUGAAGAUUCCAGUUUUCAGUCAUUUCAGGAGAUAAAGGAAUUGUUUACCAGAGAAAAAGGCCAAAAAGUUGAGGAAUGGUUGCUAGAGAAAAUAAGGAAAGUAGUACCUGAACAUCUUGUCAAGCAAAUUAUUCAUGCAAGCAAAGGGAAUCCCCUGACGUUCCCAUUGCCUUCAAUAGCAACAGACAAUGAGUUUGCAUGGAGGGAGGAUGAGGAGUUUGGGCGCCAAAUGCUUGCUGGAAUCAAUCCUACACGAAUCCGCUGUAUAGAGCAUUUCCCAUUAAAAGGAAAAGGAGGAGAGAAAAUCAGUUCAAUAACAGCAUCACACAUAGAGAACAGCCUUGAUGGCCUGACAAUUACCCAGGCAAUGCAACAAUGGAGAAUAUAUAUCUUGGAUCACCAUGACUAUUUGAUGCCUUAUUUGGACAAGAUUAACUCAAAGGGUAAUGCAUGUGCUUAUGCGUCCCGGACACUAGUGUUCUUAAGAAAUGAUGCAACGUUGAAACCACUGGCAAUAGAGCUGAGCUUGCCUAAAUCUAAUGAUGAUGACGGUUUCAACAAAGUUUAUCUUCCAGCAAAGGAGGGCACUGAAGGCGCACUUUGGCAACUUGCCAAAGCUCAUGUUUUAGCUAAUGACUCAGCUCAUCAUCAACUAGUCACUCACUGGUUGUAUACUCAUGCUGUAAUCGAGCCUUUCAUCAUUGGUAUGAAAAGGCAGUUAAGUACGAUGCACCCAAUCUAUCGGCUAUUGGAUCCUCAUUUCAAAGAUACCAUGCACAUAAACGCACUGGCUCGGACUGUACUCAUAAAUGCUGGUGGAAUCUUUGAGAAUAUAUUGUUUCCUGGAGAAAUUUGUAUGCAGUUGUCUUCUGAGUUGUAUAAAGAGUGGAGGCUUGAUGAACAAGGCCUCCCGAUGGAUCUUCUUAAAAGGCGUAUGGCCCUAGAAGAUCAAGAUAGCCCCGUUGGAGUUAGACUUCUCUUCCAAGACUAUCCCUAUGGUUUAGAUGGACUUGACAUUUAUGCUGCAAUCCAGACAUGGGUUGUAGACUAUUGCUCAAUCUUCUACAAAGAUGAUGAAACCCUCAGGAAAGAUGAAGAAAUUCAAGAGUGGUGGUCAGAAGUUCGAAAUAUAGGUCAUCCUGAUAAGUGGAAUGAGUCAUGGUGGACUGAAAUACAAAUUGUGAAGGACUUAACACGCUUUCUAACAGCAAUCAUUUGGAUUGCAUCAGGCCUUCAUGCUGCAGUUAAUUUUGGACAAUAUGCAUAUGCUGGUUACCCUUUGAACCGUCCUACGCUAUGUCGAAAAUUCAUUCCACAAGAAGGGAUGAUUGAAUUUGGUGAGUUCCUAAAAGAUCCGGACAAAUACUUUCUUCAGACAUUACCAAACAGAUUUCAAUCAGCUGUUAGUAUAGCAUUAGCAGAAGUCCUCUCGCGGCAUACAUCUGAUGAACUGUACCUGGGUCAGAGGCCACCAACAAAUUGGACAGACAAUCAGGAGGUCCUUGAAAAAUAUGAAGAGUUCAAAAUGAAGCUCAAAGAGAUAGAGGAAAAAAUUAUGGAGAGGAACAGUAAUCCAGAGUAUAAGAACAGACUGGGACCUGCCAAGAUACCAUACAAACUUCUGAACCCAGAUUCAUCCAAUGACACACACAAAGAAGGCAUCACUGGAAAAGGUAUCCCUAAUAGCAUAUCCAUUUGAUGUUAUAUUUUCAAUGUAAUUUAAACUAUGCAUUCAAGUAAAAGAUUAUGUUGUAUAUGUAGUUUGACAAAUAUAUUCAAUAUGAUUUCUCCAUUAUCAGCA